CGCCGGUCAUGAAGUGUUUCUUUCUGUCUGGGUCUGUGGUGUCGUUGACGAUGGACAGAUACGUUGAGGAUGGUGCCAUUCUUUAGGGAGAACUAGCAUCAUAAGAAACGAGCAAAAGAAGUAUAAUAAGAGAAAGAAAAAGGGCGAGCAAAAGGACGACGAAGAAAAGGGGAAAGGAAAAGGGGAAAGAUGGCCAAAAAAGCUAGAAAAAACAACCCCGCCCCCGAAGGACCAAAUGACCCCGCCAUGCACCGGAAUGCGCAUCGACGCUUCGAGCAUCUCUCCGGCUCUCUGUCUCUCUCUCUCUCUCUCUCCCUCCUCUCCUCUCCGCAACCGCCACGAGCCGAGUCACGCCCCGGCCGCCCUCGUCUUCUCCGAGAUGCCUUUGGGGGGGGCAUUGGCUGGUCUCAUUGGCUUCGAGCUCCAUCCAUCCCAACUUCCGGCACUAGCAGGCCGACACUCCUGGUCCUAGUCCUAGUCCCGGUCAUGGUCCUGGUCCUGGUUCUGGUUUUGGUUUUGCUUCUCGUCCUCAUCCUCCACGUCGUCCUUCCCGGACAGAAGGGGAAGGGAAGGAAGAAAUAAAAAAAGGCUUUAUACCUUGAUCGCCCACCCCGUUUUCGUCCAUCUUCUCUCCAUCCUGCUCCUCGUCUUCCCUUCCUCUUCUCCUCCUCAGCUCCCACAAUCCUCUCGUCAGCUUCUUCCCUCUUCCUCCGUCAUCCUCUUACAACUCUCUCUCUUGUGUCUUGAUCCAAGUCGGUCGCCCGUCAGCUCUCAACCCGCUCACCCACCCCCAUUCACUUCCUCUCUUCACGCAUACUGGUAGCACCUCGCAGCCAUGCACACCUCCAUGGUCAAGUCCAAGUUCCUCAGCGACCCUGAGGACCUCGGCGUCGUCGCCGUCGGCUUCUCCGGCGGACAGUGCAAGCAGGGAGUAGACGCUGCGCCAAAGGCCCUCAUCGAGUCAGGCCUGCUGACCCAGCUGCGCGACGAGCUUGGAUACCGGCUGCACGGCGACGACGAGGUGCACCUCUACACCGACCUCGUGCCCGCCGACGACCCGCCCUUCCGCAACAUGAAGAACCCCAAGGCCGUCUCGUCCGUCACCCAGCGCAUCGCCGACCAGGUCUACCAGCAGUCGCGCCUCGGCCGCCUGACCCUGACCCUCGGCGGCGACCACAGCAUCGCCAUUGGCACCAUCGCCGGCUCCGCAAAGGCCACGCGAGAGCGCCUCGGCCGCGAGAUCGCCGUCAUCUGGGUCGACGCCCACGCCGACAUCAACACCCCCGAGACGAGCGACAGCGGCAAUAUCCACGGCAUGCCCGUCGCCUUCGUCACGGGCCUCGCCAAGGAGCAGCGCCCCGAGUACUUUGGCUGGCUCCAGGACGAGCACAUGCUGAGCCUCAAGAAGCUCGUCUACAUUGGCCUGCGCGACGUCGACCCCGGCGAGAAGCGGAUCCUGCGCGAAAACGGCAUUAAGGCCUUUAGCAUGUUUGACAUUGACCGGUACGGCAUCGGCCGCGUCAUGGAAAUGGCGCUCGCGCACAUCGGCAGCGACACGCCGAUCCACCUCUCGUUCGACGUCGACGCCCUCGACCCCAUGUGGGCGCCGUCGACGGGCACGCCGGUGCGCGGUGGCCUGACGCUGCGCGAGGGCGACUACAUCUGCGAGUGCGUGCACGAGACGGGCAGCCUCGUGGCGCUCGACCUCGUCGAGGUCAACCCGUCGCUGGCGGCCGACCAGGAGGGCGCCGCGUCCGAGACGGUACGCGCCGGCUGCUCGCUGGUGCGCUGCGCCCUGGGCGAGUCGCUGCUGUGAGGUCGGUUUCUGAGAAAAGAAGAAUAAGGGGGAAGAGUCAAAUGGAUGUUAGUGAGAGGGGAGGACGGAAGAAGAAAAAAAUAGAUGAUUGGGAAACACUGCAUCUCGUAAGGGAAAGGAAGGACGGGGGAAAGCAUAUCACAAGAGACAACGGCAGGGCGGAGGCGGGUUCGAUUCGAUUCGGCGCAUGGUCCGGGACUGCAUGGGACGGCGGGGAAUAGAUGAGCUUCAGCCACGGGGGGGUCGCCCGUCCGAGAUAGGACGACGGCGGUCCCAAGAGACGACGAGGAAUAAUACCAAAGCAAAUGAUCAUUUUUUACCCCCUUC